UUCGGCGCGCGCGGCGGCCAUGGAGGACCCGGCGCCGGAGCUGGAGCCGGAGCCGCGCGGCGCCGAGGACGACUUCCACAGCCGGUUCGCGGCCGAGCUCGAGGUGCUGGCCCAGCUGGAAGCUCCCCCGGCCAAGCGGCCCAGGCUGGAGGCGGCCCAGAGGCCGGACUUCGGGCCCGAGGAGACGGAGGAGCCGCUGCCUCCCGCCUCCCGGCUGCUGGUCACGCCCCUGCCGAGCCCCGAGCGCCCCGAGGAGCUGCGGGGCGAUGGGCCCCGGGACGCUGGUGCCGGCGCGGAGCUCGCCUGGGCCCUGCCGGCCGCCCGCAACCCCGUCCUGCGGCGGCCGCCGGUCCUGGAGGACUAUGUCAACGUGACGUCCACGGGCGGCCAGCGGGCCUUCCUCGUGCUGCGGGCCGACCCCACGGGCACGGGGGUGCAGAGCCCCCUCCUCGGCGUCCCGUGGCGCAGCUGCGGCCGGCUGGACCUGCUGGGCGUGCCCUUCACCUCGCUGAGGGAGCAGGUGGACAGCGAGCGGCGGCAGCGGCUGCUGCAGGAGGCCCAGCAGCUCUCGGACACUCUCCGCAGCCUCAGGCCCGCAUCGGGGGAGGAGGCCCGGCCCGUGGGGGCCCCCGAGGAGGAGCCGGAGGAAGCCGGCGGUACAGGCGAGCCUCAGCACCAGCUCUGGGUGGACGAGUUCGCGCCGCGGCACUACACGGAGCUGCUGAGUGACGACUUCACCAACCGCUGCCUCCUCAAGUGGCUGAAGCUGUGGGACGUGGUGGUGUUUGGCCGUGAGAGGCCCGUCCGGAAGCCCAGGCCUGGCACGGAGCAGCCCCGGGUUGGCAAGGAGGCCACGGCCACCACCAAGUGGAAGAGCCACGAGCAGGUGCUGGAGGAGAUGCUGGAGGCCGAGCUGGACCCGAGCCAGCGGCCCCGGCAGAAGGUGGUGCUGCUGUGUGGGCCUCCGGGGCUGGGCAAGACCACCCUGGCCCACGUGAUCCCCCGGCACGCGGGUUACUCUGUGGUGGAGAUGAACGCUAGUGACGACCGCAGCCCCGAGGCCUUCCGCAGGCGCAUCGAGGCAGCCACGCAGAUGGAGUCGGUGCUGGGUGCUGGCGGGAAACCUAACUGCCUGGUCAUCGACGAGAUCGACGGGGCCCCUACGACCGCCAUCAACGUUCUCCUGAGCAUCCUGGAGCGCCGGGGCCCACAGGGGGCAGAGCUGGGGGGUCCAGCUGUGCCCGGGAGCACCGGGCGGCAGCGCCGGGAGGGGGCACUGCUGAUGCGGCCCGUUAUCUGCAUCUGCAAUGAUCAGUUUGCGCCAUCCCUGCGGCAGCUGAAGCAACAGGCCCUGCUGCUCCACAUCCCCCCAACGCUGCCCUCACGACUGGUGCAGCGCCUCCUCGAGAUCUCUCGGAAGCGCGGGAUGCAGGCCGACGCGGGCGUGCUCGCUGCCCUCUGUGAGAAGACGGACAACGACAUCCGGGCCUGCAUCAACACGCUGCAGUUCCUGCACGGGCAGGGCCGGCGGGAGCUGAGCCUCGGGCUGGUGCGGAGCACGCACGUCGGCCUCAAGGACCAGCGCCGGGGUCUCUUCUCCGUGUGGCAGGAGGUCCUGCAGCUGCCCCGGGCCCGGAGGCGAGGGGUGGGCCGGGACCCCGUGUGGCCUGCCCACGCACUACUGGGUGGGGACGGGGACUCAGGACCACACCCCACCGGGGAGCCCCCGACCACGGCCUCCCAGCGCUUCUACCACGUGCUGCACGUUGCCACCUCCGCGGGCGAGCACGAGAGGGUGGUCCAGGGCCUGUACGACAACUUCCUGCGGCUGCGGCUGCGGGACCCCGGCCUGGGCGCCGUGUGCGCCGCCCUCGACUGGCUGGCUUUCGACGACCUCCUGGCAUGCGCUGCCUACCACGGCCAGAGCUUCCAGCUGCUGCGCUACCCGCCCUUCCUGCCCGUGGCCUUCCACGUGCUGCUCGCCUCCAGCCACGUGCCGCGCCUCGCCUUCCCCAGCAGCCAGCAGGAGGCCCAGGCCCGCUUGAGCCGGACGCAGACCCUGGUGCAGACGCUGCUGUCGGGCACCACACCCACCGCCCGCAGCCGGGCUGCGCCCCAGGCGCUCGUCCUGGACACACUCUGUCUGCUGCUGGACAUCCUCGCGCCCAGGCUGCGCCCCGUGAGCACGCAGCUGUACAGCGCCCGCGAGAAGCAGCAGCUGGCCGCACUCGUGGCCACCAUGCUCGCCUACAGCCUCAGCUACCGGCAGGAGCGCACGCCCGACGGGCAGUACACCUACAGGCUGGAGCCGAACGUGGAGGACAUCUGCCGCUUCCCCGGGCUGCCAGCCCGCAGGCCGCUCACCUACCAGGCCAAGCAGCUCAUCGCCCGUGAGAUCGAGCUGGAGAAGAUGCGGAGGGCAGAGGCCUCGGCCCGGGCGGGCCCCCAGCUGGACGGGGACCUGACAGAGGGCUGUGGGCAGGAAGGGGUGCGUCCUGCCCCCCGCAACCACGAGCAGCGGCUGGAGCACAUCGUGAGGAGAGCAGCUUUCGAGGAGCAGCCGGAGAGAGACUUCUUUGGGCGGGUGGUCGUCAGGAGAGCUGCCCCGAGCCCAGAGGAUGCAGCCCCCAAGCCGGCGGAGCGGCGCCUGGGCACGGCCGUGGGCAGGAGCGACGUGUGGUUCCGCUUCAGCGAGGGUGUCUCCAACGCCGUGCGCCGCAGCCUGUACGUCAGGGACCUGCUGUAGUGCCCGCGAGGGGCCCACCGCCUCGUGCCCCCGGAAGCCCCCUGCCCGGUGCACAGUGUACGAGACCCGUGGUCCUUGGAAGGCUUUAUAAAAGCGACACACGACA